AUGAUAGAGUUAAUACUCCUGGCACUUUUAGCAGGGGCACAAGAACCAUUUUGUAAGCCUUAUAGUAAAGCAGCAUUGCCUCUGUUUUUUAAAGAUGGGGAUGUCAUAAUUGGAGGAGUCUUCUCAUUCCACAAUAAUGUUUUUAACUCUCAACCAACUUUUACAGCAAAACCAGAACCAUUUAAGUGCAAAGACUUAAACCUGAUGGAAUUACAGUUGGCUCAGACAAUGAUUUUCACUAUUGAAGAAAUAAAUAAUAACACAUAUCUUCUGCCAGACCUUUCCGUAGGCUAUAAGAUUUACAGCGACUGCAGUUCUGUAACUCUUGCAACAGAUGCUGCAAUGGCACUAGUGAAUGAUCCUAAUGAAGAAACAUUUUUUAACAACCAUUGUGAAAAAACAUCUACUGUUCAUGCACUUAUAGGACUUUCUGAAUCACCACUAAGCAUUUCUGUGGCAACAGUUAUUGCCCCAUUUCGUAUACCAAUGAUUAGCUACUUUGCCACAUGUGCUUGCCUAAGUAAUAGGAAAGAAUUUCCAACAUUUUUCAGAACAAUACCAAGUGAUUACUACCAAAGCAAAGCCCUAGCACAGCUGGUGAAACACUUCGGGUGGACUUGGAUUGGAGUAAUACGAAGUGACAAUGAAUAUGGAAUCAAUGGAAUGGCUACUUUUAUUGAAACUGUUCAGCUAGAAGGUGUUUGCAUAGACUAUGUUGCUGUCAUCUCUAGAAACAAUCCACGAGAACGAUACCUUGAAACUGUCAAUAGUAUUAAACAGUCAACUUCUAAAGUUAUUGUGGCUUUCACAUCUUCUGUAGAUUUGGAGAGUUUAAUUCAGGAAAUUUUAAUUCAGAAUAUUACUGGCUUACAAUGGGUAGGAAGUGAAGGGUGGAUUUCUAAUAUCAAAUUAGCAACAAAUGAAACAUACAGAAUUCUUGGUGGUGCCAUUGGAUUUGCAACAAGCAAUGCAGAGAUACCAGGUUUGAAAGAGUUUCUAAUUAACCUCCAUCCUUCUGAAAAUCAUGGAAGCUCCAUUUUGGAGGAGGUUUGGGAAAGUACUUUUAACUGCAGCUUGACUCUGAAAAAUGGUACUGACAUGAAUAAUCUUUGUGAAAAAACUGAUACUUUAAGUCAAGUAAAUAACCUGUACACUGAUGUCUCAGAUUUGAGAAUUGCUAAUAAUGUUUAUAAAGGGGUAUAUGCAUUAGUCCAUGCAGUUCAUAAUAUAUCCAUAUGUGGUAAAUCUAAAAUGACACAAAAUAAUUGCACAGAAAUUCUGAAAACGAAACCAUGGCAGGUACUUCAGUCCUUGAAACGAGUCAACUUUACAACUAAGCAAGGUGAAAAUGUGUAUUUUGAUGAUAAUGGGGAUCCAGCGACUCAUUAUGAAUUACUAAACUGGCAAGUCAAUGCAGAAGGAUUAAUUCAAUUUGUAACUGUUGGAAUCUAUGAUGCUUCUCUACCAGAAGGAAAACAACUUAAAAUUAAUAACAGCUCCAUUAUCUGGGCAGGAUCACAGAAUGAGAUGCCAAAAUCAGAAUGCAGUAAGAGCUGUAAACCUGGAACCUAUAAGGCUAUUCAACAAGGGAGGCCAAUCUGUUGUUUUGAUUGCAUACCCUGCGCAGAUGGAGAAAUCAGCAAUGUAACAGAUUCUGUUGAAUGUUUAAAGUGUCCUGAGGAAUAUAGAUCCAGUGAGGAAAAAGAUAAAUGCAUCUUGAAGGAUGUUGAGUUUUUAACAUAUGGAGAAAUCAUGGGAGUAAUACUGACAGUGUUUACACUGCUUGGAGCCUGCUUGACUGUGUCUGUAGCAUUUGUUUUCUUCUGUCAUAGAAAAACUCCUAUUGUGAGAGCCAAUAAUUCUGAAUUAAGCUUUCUCCUCUUAUUUUCUUUAACAUUGUGCUUCCUUUGCUCCCUCACAUUCAUUGGCCAGCCCUCAGAUUGGUCCUGUAUAUUACGUCAUACAGUCUUUGGGAUUACAUUUGUUAUGUGUGUAUCUUGCAUCUUAGCAAAAACUAUAGUUGUGUUAAUGGCAUUCAAUGCCACACGUCCUGGUGCUAAUGUUAUGAAAUGGUUUGGUCCCCUUCGACAAAGAUUAAGUGUUUUUAUCUUAACAUUUAUUCAGGCCUUCAUGUGCACGGUCUGGUUAAUAACUUCUCCACCAUUUUUUUCCUCAAACAUAAAAUCAUAUAAGCACAAAGUCAUUUUUGAGUGUGACCUCGGGUCAACAGUGGCCUUUUAUAUCAUGUUGGGGUAUAUAGGGGUUCUCUCUGCUUUGUGCUUCAUGCUCUCCUUUUUAGCUCGUAAAUUACCAGAUAAUUUUAAUGAAGCAAAAUUCAUCACCUUCAGCAUGCUCAUCUUCUGCGCAGUUUGGCUGACUUUUAUACCAGCUUAUAUCAGCUCUCCUGGAAAAUACACUGUGGCUGUUGAGAUAUUUGCAAUCUUGGCCUCAAGUUUUGCCUUGCUUUUCUGCAUUUUUACUCCCAAAUGUUAUAUUAUACUAUUAAAGCCGGAACAAAAUACAAAGAAAUCUGUAAUCGGCAAAAAGUGAUUGACAUCAGUAACCAAAAUAACUGCAAAUAUUAUUUAACAAUAAA